AUGACGGAGGUUCCAGCCCUUGAGCUAACAGUCGAGGAGGUCCUCCAAUUACAUCGCCAGUGGAUCUUCAAGCUACUCCUCAACGACAAGAAAACCGAAGCUGAGAUCGUGGCCCUCCUUCACGAGCACCAUAUCCCCAUCUCACUCUCCCAGAUCCACAGCUUCCUCCUCCGCUGGGAUCUCCACCCUUCAUCCACGGGCCCACCUCCCACCGCCACCACUUCCACUCCCACCUUCCCACCAAUGACCUCCUCCGUCUCCUCCCACGAACCUCUCCCUUACCUCCAUUCCCCCUCCCCAUCCACCUCUACCACUACCUCUACCACUACCUCUACCACCACCACCAACCCAACCGCGCCCUCCCCCCAACUCCACGAUCUCUACAAACAGCGCCCCUUACCCUCCCUCCCCUCCAAACCCGCCUCCCCUGAUACCCAACCCCACGAUGCUGCUCAAGACCCCUGUCUCGCGCUAGCCACCGACUCCGACUCGGACGACGAGCAAGCGCGCAUGAUGCUGGAGGCCGGUAUGGCGAGGCUGCGCGUAAGGAGGAGUGGGUAUGCGCGUGAUCGGGAGGUAGCGAGUCGACAGUUUAGAGCGGGGCCGAGAGUGAGGAGGAGGGGGGUUAGGGGGGAGAGAUAG